AUUUGUCGGAUAUUUGUUAUCUCUGUUUUAUCGCAACCAUAUCUUGUCAGAUCUGUGUCUAGUCGUCCUACCUAAUACUCCUCUAUCUUCCUUGAUUCCUCUUCCUUAUUUCGCUUUAUAUUUAAGUCGAAAUCAUCUAUAUCCCGCCCGUUUUGUUUCGUAUGAGAUAUCUACCAUCUUAUAUACGACGACGACGCAUAUGCACAACAUUUUGCCGCCAUCCGCGACCCGCUCUCUGUGGUUCAUUCUCCGUAAUAGUGGCCGUUUUUAAGAAAUAGGGACCCUUUUUCGCCCGAGUAGUUUGGGGUAGUUUGGAAUGAGAUAAUACGUCUGGUGGCGCUCUAGAAUAUGGCUGUAAUGUAUGGCAAAGUUCCGCAACAUGAUAACGAUGACGACGACCGAAAUCACGGCAGAUCACCUUCGAUGUCGUUUUCCCCGGCACUCUCAUCGUCGCCCAUGCCUUUCAUCCCAUCCGUCGAGUCAACUUUUACACCCUUAUCAAUGGAUAGCGACUUUUAUUCAAGAGUAGGCUCAGGGACUGGAGGGGGCGAGGACCGCGAUUUGGCCGGAAGCAAUUCUCAAAGGAGAGAGUGCCACAAAAAGGCCGACAGCACGGCCACGAUAAGGACCAGGGUUAGCGUUAGCAUCGGCAGCAUGGUCCAAUCAUUAUCCCCAGCACGAGCCACCGGUAACCAUCGUAACGAAUACGGUCUCGUGUCUCCUGAUACCGCGCCCUCUUCUCCUUCUUCUAGCCCAACCCCAGACAGAGCUAGCCCGAGUCUAGAUUCUAUCCACGUCCUUAAGAGAGACCUCACUUCUAAAUUCGCAGAGAUUAAUCAACGCGACUCAAAAGCAGCAGGUAGCAUCCCAGGGGUAGAGGAAUCGCAGAUAAAGGAGAUUUCGCGUCAACAUCAGCAAGAUUCCCAACAUCCCAUUAUAGUUAAACCGAAACCAAUUAUUCGUACUGCGUCCACGAAAAGCGUCUCCUUGCGUCAUCCUACACCUGAUUUGAAUACACGAUCGACGUCUUAUGCAACUAAUAUCGCUCAGCUGGAGGCUACGGCUGAGAAGCUUUCGAUCACAUCGUCCAUUGAAGACGCCAUUCGUGAUCUACACGAAGAACAGAAACGCAACGACAGCCGAAGAUCCUCAAUCCUAGCUGCAAGCAUAAGCUCGAUACCCGAAAACAACGAGCCUGUCUCCUUUCCUGUUACGAAACCCUUAUCAACUGCAAGUUCCAUCUUCGAAACCAACAGUGCUGCACGCUACGGUGGUUACUCCCCAGCCGGGUUUGUUAUGUCGCCAAAUCCCUCUCUAUUAUCCAACCCAGCACGGAUGAGGUCUGGUUCAGGCCCGCUGUCGAGGGUCGAGCCUGAUUCUAGCAAUGUCAUGUCGAGACAUGGUCCCGGGAAGAGUUCCGUACGGAGCGCCAAGUCUACCUCUAAGCCGACCUUGACGGACAUCGCGGAGAUGGAACCUACCACCCUUACCCCGGCGGCUAUGGACGAGGCAGACAGGCUAGCUGAGAAGCCGGAUGUAGAUGAGACGUUGCACAUACCACCGAUGGAAGAUAUUGAUCUCACGCCUAGCGCCGAGCAGUAUGGAACCUACGAUUACUGGGACCAAGCUGUUGCUGAUGCCGAAGCACAAAAUGGAAAUAGACAACAUGGCGGUAACGAUAGACCCCCAACUCCCACUGGGUCAACCGGUACUUACGAGCAAGCCGAAAGAGCCUUUGCUGAUUUUGAUGGAGCUCAUUGCCCAUCUGAUGUUGAUGCAGAAGAAUCCUUAUUCUUGCCCUCGUUCAACGGGCCGUCUCCCGAUGUUGCCUUCCUACGACCUUUUGAUCUAGAUCCAUCAAGGGGCGAUAAUGAUUUAGGUAACGUGAGACCUAUCAUAUCAGGGCCAAUCGGUCCCCCGACUGUUAGGCCAAAGUCAUAUUUGGAUCCCGAAACUGGCAACACCAUGCUUUAUUACCCGGCGCGGGUCCCGUUGAUGCUCAACCUCCCCCAGAAACUGUCCAAGAAACCGAAAUUGGAGUCGCGGGAGGCACGCAGGUCACAGGUUUCGGAUAAGCCAGCCGAAGUUGAUCGUAAAUCCGGCGUCGCUUGGCUACCAGAAUACUUGCCACAACCUGCGUUCGAGCCUCUUGGACCAAAAUCCGAAUCACUCGUUCCUACGCCGCUCGCUGGCACUAAUGCCGAGCCGCACGCGCGGCCAGUGUCAGAUGGCGAAUAUGAGUUACAAGUCCAGCCUCGACCUGAUCAGGGGCUGGUAGAAGACGCUGCUCUCAAGUCUCGCAUAUCAAUGCUUGAUUCCGAAAAGCGAAAGUCGAAGAUACCCAACCUUGAUGGACUACCACCGCAACUACGUGCCAGUGCUUUUUUCGACCUUCCCUCUGAGCUACCCACGAUCCAACUUAAGGAUGGCUCUGCAAUGGCCACUUUGGACAGCAUUCUAGAUGCAUCUGCCAAGGCGCCCGUCUCUGCUUUCACAGACCACGCUUUUGCAGGGUCGCUGGGAUCAGAAGUGUACGGGUCUGAUAAGAAACGGAAAUCACACAUAAAACGUGCUAGCGCUACCGAUUUAUUAGAACCCAAGAAGCGUAGUUCGUUCUUGCAUCUUAGAAAACCGAGCGCUCUUAGUAAACCUUCGGAAUCUCAAGAAGAGCGACGCAAUACUAUUGCGGGUGGUAUAGGAACGGACGAGACUAUGAGACAUGGGGGCGAUCUCGAUGAAGCGAAACAUCGGUUACCCGGUUCUCUAGAAGCUGGGGCGACGCCUAAGCCUACCGGAGGAGAAGAAGACGAAGACCAAGAAGAAAGUGAAGAGGAACCGCUUUACAAUGGACCCCCGACGACUUUGCUAGCUGAACUCCAGAUUCGAAAACAGCAGCAGAAACUCCGCACACGACCGGCUGCUACCGCUUACCCUAAUGGUAUGCACUCUACGCUACUCGAGAUGGAUACAGUUGCCCAGAUUGAACACAACGCUCGUAAAGGCAAGAAGGUCAAUCUUGCCUGGGAAGAUCCAAACAUAGGACCAGCUGAUGAUGAAGAUGAUGAAGAUACGCCACUGGGGCUGCUUGUGGUUGCAAAAGGGCACGGCAAUAGCAUGGUAGCCGCUAUCGCCGAGAUUAAUCGCCCGCUUGGCCUAAUGGAACGUCGGGAUAUGGAGGACAAUGAACCCUUGAGUCGGCGACGCGAUCGGCUUCAGGGUAGAGAAGUCGGACCAAUGAACAGGCCGAGCAUGAUGACACUUGGCCAGAGUCUCAAUAACAUGAAUGGUAGCUUAAGAGCGCCCAGCCCGCAGCUUCUUGUACAUACCCCAGAGGACGAGGAUAUCGAAGGCGAGACUCUAGGAGAGCGUAUGCGGCGCCUAAAGGCUCGUGAGCAAGGCGAUAAUCCCCUACCUCAGGCUAGACCGGUCAGCUCGGCAUUUUCGGCCGAACUUCUCAACCAGCUAGGCGAUGCAUUCAAGGAGGACGAUGGUGACAAGAAGGCCCAAGAUAAGCGGGAAUCUCAGGCAAAGGAGGAAGAAGAGACGUUAGGCCAGCGGCGUCGUCGUUUACAAGCAGAACGAGAAGACCGUGAGCACGGAGCGGCUGGUGCCUUGCUCUCUGGCGGGGCGAAUGAUGCAUCAAAACUUACGAAGCGACACUCGCUUGCCGAUGUUCUUGGCACACAUGGGUCAAAGAUCGUUUUGACUGAUCCCAGGGCGGAAGCAGAGAGAGCGAAGCAAGCAGAGGCUGCCCGCUACAGACAAGAGCAGGACCAGAAGUUGGCUGUCCUCCGUAGUCAGAUGCCUUCUAAUCUUAGCACGCCUAACUUGAAUCGACCCGGAGGUUACAUGGCUGGCAGGUUCAAUGACGGCACAGGCGGUGGAGCUGGCCACCUGCGAACAAGCACGGCACUGGGCGGAUAUCCUAACCAAGACAUAGGAGGCAACGGCGGCAUCAUGAAUGGGAGAAUGAACAGCGGGAUGGUAGGAGCUCCGGUCACGUAUGCACAGGCGAAUUCUCCUUAUAAUGUACAACCCCAAGCACCUGGUCAUAUGGACAGGGUAGAACGGUGGAGGCAGAGCGUUCUACCUUGAGGAUCUUUCUAUGUCAUACCGCCCAACAUAUUCGGCGA